GUGGACAGCGUCAUGGGACAGUAGACUAUAGGCAAGUGGCACCGAACAGUAUGGCGGGACAGCAACCAAGUUGCACGAGACAGUAGGAUCCUAAAGGCAGUGGUCAUCUUGUAACAUUCUAGCCUACACUCAUGGCGUGUGGAGGAGAACUUUCCAGUUCAACUAAACGCAAUGUUGAACACCAACGUGAUAAUUUGAGUGAAGAUCCAGAGUCAGUUACAUCACAUCAGAGCAUGGAGGGGAUUCAGGUGGAUUUGCAUGAGAAAGAUUUGUGGACCAGAUUUCAUGCUGUCACAACAGAAAUGAUCAUUACUAAAGCAGGACGACGAAUGUUUCCCAGCUAUAAAAUUAGGGUGACUGGCCUAAACCCAAGGGCAAAGUAUAUCCUUUUGAUAGAUAUCAUACCAAUGGACAGCCAUCGCUACAAAUUUGCAGACAAUAAAUGGUCCGUGAGUGGUAAAGCAGAGCCGGCCAUCUUGGGCAGGCUGUACGUGCACCCCGACUCUCCCGCCUCCGGAGCACACUGGACCAGACAGCUGGUGUCCUUCCACAAACUCAAGCUCACCAACAACCACCUGGACCCUUUUGGACAUAUAAUUUUAAAUUCCAUGCAUAAGUAUCAACCUCGCCUUCACAUCAUCAAAGCGGAUGAGAGGGGUGGAUUUGGAGCAUCAAACACGGCUCUCUACACCCACUCUUUCCCAGAGACAGCCUUCAUUGCUGUGACAUCCUACCAAAACCAUGCAAUCACCCAACUAAAAAUUGAAAACAACCCCUUUGCCAAAGGCUUCCGUGGCAAUGAUGACCUGGAGCUGCAUCGCUUAUCCCACAAAUCAAGUAAGGAGUAUGUACCAGUACCACAAAACAUCACCAGGCCAAGACCUCCAAAUCUGUGUCCUCACUCUGAACCCAACCUGGUUGGCCGAGACGCCACAGAAAAAGGACAAGAAGAUGCACUUCACUCUGUGUCUGCAGCUGAGCAUCCAUGUUUGACAGACACCGAUAUGAGUGUUGGCACCGCUGCAUUCCUUCAUCAUCAACAACAACAGCAGGAGGAGCAUGAUAGACUCUGUCACUUCCCCCGGGCCACUUUCACUUCAGUAAAUAAUAACCAUCUCUACUGCCCAGGGCCAGCCUCUCUGCAGCCUUGCAUGUUCGCCAGUUCACAUGGGGACAGUGUGGAGACUGACUGGUCUUUCUAUCCCCAACAGAGAUUCUCCACUGGCCAGCAAGGUAGUGGGAACCUCAGCUACAGAUCAGACUCUCUAGACCUCUAA